AUGUCAACGCUUGGCCGAAAAAACCACCAGGGAGACACUCUGAAAAGCCAAAAAAAUGAGUCCUUUGUCGAGAAGUUGACCGGUACUUUGACUCGAAAGAAGAAGAAGCCUGUCAACGAGAACCCUGAGGAAAACGAAGAAAAUGAAGCUGUAGAGGUUGACACCGAAGGACGCGAAGCUUUAGAUUCGGCAACCGUCCCUUAUUUGGCAAAGGACAUUGUCAUUGAUGAAGGGGAAACUAUCCGUUUCAUAACAAAAGAGACUAAUCUUAAUCCCAAUAUGAGAGAAUUAGUUCAACUUUUAGUUCAUUGGCUUAAUGAGGAAUUAGCUGAUCAGCGUAUUGUCGUUCGUCACGUUCAGGAGGAUCUGUACGAUGGCCAGAUUCUUCAAAAACUGGUUGAAAAACUAGGAAAUAUUAGGAUUGAAGUACCUGAAGUUUCACAAUCUGAGGAAGGUCAACGACAAAAGUUACAAAUUGUGAUUGCUACUGGUAAUCGUCUUCUCAACAAAGGACAACACGAUCAGAAAUGGUCUCCAGAUUUGAUUCAUUCUAAGGAUCUUGUGGCAAUCCUUCAGUUUUUGAUAGCCUUGGCUAUACAUUUCCGUGCUCCAAUUCGUCUCCCUGAAUAUGUUGAAGCUAAGAUGAUCAUAGCCACAAAAACUCAGGGACAUGUGAAAACUCAGUUUUCGACGGAACAACUUACAACAACCCAGGAUGAACUAGGCCUUAAGGGUGACCGUGAUGCUUUUGACACUCUGUUCGAUUUCGGACCUGACAAGUUGGCUCAAGUCAAAGAAUCUUUGAUUACUUUCUGUAAUCGUCAUUUGAAUAAAAUAAACUUGGAGGUGAAUCAAAUGGAGUCUCAAUUCCAAGAUGGUGUGUUUCUGGUACUACUUAUGGGAUUACUCGAAGGAUAUUUUGUCCCUCUUCAUUCUUUCCAUCUACAAGUUGCGACAUUCGAAGAUAAAGUCAGGAAUAUCAGCUUUGCUUUCAAGUUAAUGGAAGAAGCCGGUCUUCCUAAACCUAAAAGCAGAGUACAGGACAUCGCUAAUGGUGAUCUCAAGAGCACAAUGCGUCUUCUACAUCUCCUUUUCUUGAAGUACAAACAUCUCUAA